GUCAUGAUUUGUCUUUGCUUAUUAUCGUGAGGAUGCUUUUAUCUUACAUGGUCUUCCCGAGUGGGGCUCAAAGGAAGUUGUUUGCACACCAGGAGUAAAGCAGCUGGUCUGAUACUGAUCGGUGACGAAAACUCUUUUUCUACAUAAGCAAUUUGACAGGUUAAAACUGUCACAUACGACCAUAGGUCGCGGAGAAUUGGGCAUCCCGUCCGCUCUGCCAUACACAAGCCGCGAACCGGCUGAUUAGUAGUUAGGUGGGUGACCACUAGCGAAUCCCAGCUGCCGUAUGUUUUUUUGUCUUUUUGCUUUUCUGCAAGGUGAUGGGUUGGCUUUCUGCGGAGAUAGGUGAAUGAGAGGGGGGGGAUUGUUGGAUGGUUGUGGGUGGCGUGUUUUGCUUUGGUUUGUUGUCGAGAACUUUUGCGAAGCCUUGGACUGGCUGCGCUCCUGAGAGCCUUGGGCCGACGCGGCUGUGGUGCUUUUUGUGGCGAAACGCGAAUGCGGGCAAUGGCGCAAACUUCCGGGCCAGUGUAGAUGUGCAGCUUUGUCGGUUGUUUCAACGAUGGCAGGUGGUUGUCGAGCAAGUACGUAGAACACUAU